CAUAUUUAAGGUCUGUACAUGGACAACAACUACUUUCCAUCAUCUCCAUGCUGCUCUUUGUAGACCAGUGGACUGUCAGUCUGUCCAACAUGGAUCUGAUGUUUGUCUCCAUGGUUUCAGUCUGGUUCUCAUUCAGAUAGUUUUCUGAACUUCCCGAGGAGAAUGAAGCAGGAGGAGCUGGCUGAUAGUCUGCAGAGAAAACGUUUUGCUCCAGUUUGUCGACGUGAACUUAAAUCUAGUCUGAAGGAGAAGUUCCAGUGUGUGUUUGAGGGGAUUGCUAAAGCAGGAAACUCAACUCUUCUGAAUGAGAUCUACACAGAGCUCUACAUCACAGAGGGAGAGACUGCAGAGGUCAAUGAUGAACAUGAGGUCAGACAGAUUGAAACAGCAUCCAGGAAACUAGACAGACCAGAAACAAUCAUCAGACCAGGAGACAUCUUUAAAGCCUCACCUGGAAGACAUGGACCAAUCAGAAGAGUGAUGACAAAGGGAGUGGCUGGCAUUGGGAAAACAGUCUUAACACAGAAGUUCACUCUGGACUGGGCUGAAGACAAAGCCAACCAGGACAUCCACUUCACAUUUCCAUUGACUUUCAGAGAGCUGAAUGUGUUGAAAGAGAGAAAGUUCAGCUUGGUGGAACUUGUUCAUCACUUCUUCACUGAAACCAAAGAAGCAGGAAUCUGCAGCUUUGAAGAGUUCCAGGUUGUGUUCAUCUUUGAUGGUCUGGAUGAGUGUCGACUUCCUCUGGACUUCCACAACACUGAGACCCUGACUGAUGUUACAGAGUCCACCUCAGUGGAUGUGCUGCUGACAAACCUCAUCAGGGGGAAACUGCUUCCCUCUGCUCACCUCUGGAUAACCACACGACCUGCAGCAGCCAAUCAGAUCCCUCCUGAGUGUGUUGACAUGGUGACAGAGGUCAGAGGGUUCACUGACCCCCAGAAGGAGGAGUACUUCAGGAAGAGAUUCAGAGAUGUAGAGCAGGCCAGCAGCAUCAUCUCCCACAUCAAGACAUCACGAAGCCUCCACAUCAUGUGUCACAUCCCAGUCUUCUGCUGGAUCUCUGCUACAGUUCUGGAGGAUGUGUUGAAAACCAGAGAGAGAGGAGAGCUGCCCAAGACCCUGACUGAGAUGUACAUCCACUUCCUGGUGGUUCAGACCAAAGUGAAGAAGGUCAAGUAUGAUGGAGGAUCUGAGACAGAUCCACACUGGAGUCCAGAGACCAGGAUGAUGAUUGAGUCUCUGGGAAAACUGGCUUUUGAUCAGCUGCUGAAAGGAAACCUGAUCUUCUAUGAAUCAGACCUGACAGAAUGUGGCAUCGAUAUCAGAGCAGCCUCAGUGUACUCAGGAGUGUUGACACAGAUCUUUAAAGAGGAGAGAGGACUGUACCAGGACAAGGUGUUCUGCUUCGUCCAUCUGAGUGUUCAGGAGUUUCUGGCUGCAGUCUACAUGAUCCACUGUUACACCAACAGGAAGACAGAGGAGCUUGAGGACUUCCUGGGACAAAACUACAAUGACUCAACUCUGGAUGUCUUCCUGAACAGAGUCAUGGAGAAAUCCCUGGAGAGUAAAAAUGGUCACCUGGACCUGAUGGUUCGCUUCCUUCAUGGCGUCUGUCUGCAGUCCAGUCAGAGACUGUUAAGAGGUCUGCUGGGUCAGACAGAGAUCAGUCCAGAAAUCAUCCAGAGAGCCAUCAACAACCUGAAGAAGAUGAACAAGUCCAACAUUUCUCCUGACAGAAACAUCAACAUCUUCCAAUGUCUGAUGGAGAUGAACGACCUCUCAGUUCAUCAGGAGAUCCAAGAGUUCCUGAAGUCAGAGAACAGAUCAGAGAAGGAACUCUCUGAGAUCCACUGCUCAGCUCUGGCCUGCAUGCUGCAGAUGUCAGAGGAGGUUCUGGAUGAGUUGGAUCAAAAGAAGUUCAACCUAUCAUGGGAGGGACGACAGAGACUGAUUCCAGCUUUGAAGAACUGCAGAAAGGCUCAAUUUUCUGGCUAUGAACUCUCAGAGAGUCUCUGUGAAGUUGUGGUCUCAGCUCUGAACUCCAACCCCUCCCAUCUGAUAGAGUUGGACCUGAGUUACAACAACCUGCAGGAUUCAGGAGUGAAGCAGCUGUGUGAUGGGCUGAAGAGUCCAAACUGUAGACUGGAGACUCUGAGAUUGAGUUCCUGCAAGUUGUCAAAGAUCAGCUGUGAUUAUCUGGCCUCAGCUCUGAAGUCCAAGCCCUCCCAUCUGAAACAUAUGGACCUGAGUUACAACAACCUGCAAGAUUCAGGAGUGAAGCAGCUGUGUGAUGGACUGAAGAGUCCAAACUGUAGACUGGAGACUCUGAGAUUGAGUUCAUGCAGUUUGUCAAAGAUCAGCUGUGAUUAUUUGGUCUCAGCUCUGAAGUCCAACCCCUCCCAUCUGAAACAUCUGGACCUGAGUUACAACAACCUGAAGGAUCCAGAUGUGAAGCAGCUUCUUGAUCUUGUGGAGAGUCCAUACUGUAGAUUGAAGACUCUGAGAUUUUCUGACUGUGGAUUCUCAGAGAGUCACCGUGAAGUUCUGGUCUCAGCCCUGAAGUCCAACCCCUCCCAUCUGACAGAGUUGGACCUGAGUAACAACUACUAUGACCUUCUCGAUUCAGGAGUGAAGCAGCUGUGUGUUGGACUGACGAGUCCAAACUGUAGACUGGAGACUCUGAGAUUGAGGGGCUGCAGUUUGUCAGAGAUCAGCUGUGAUUCUCUGGCCUCAGCUCUGAAGUCCAACCCCUCCCAUCUGAAACUUCUGGACCUGAGUGACAAUUACCUGCUGGAUUCAGGAGUCAAACAUCUGUGUAGUUUUCUGGAGAGUCCAAACUGUAGACUGGAGGCUCUGGGAUUGAGGGGCUGCAGUUUGUCAGCGAUCAGCUGUGAUUCUCUGGUCUUAGCCCUAAAGUCCAACCCCUCCCAUCUGAAACAUCUGGACCUGCGUGAAAACAGCCUGCUGGAUUCAGAUAUGAAGCAGCUGAUUAAUCGUUUCAAGAGUCCAUACUGUACACUGAAGACUCUGAGGUGGAAGUAAAGGUAAACAGGACGGUAUGUGAGCUGAGAGAGGAUGAGCUGAGUCCUGAUGUAGGAGAACAUCUGAUUUGUGAAGUGUUUUCUUUUCCUUUGCAGAUUUCUGAAUCCAUAAAGCAAUGCCAUAAAACAAGCUCUUAGGCACAUUCCAAUGCCACAAGACACAAAGAAUUAUUUGCAUUUUAAGACUGUUCCCAUGGAUGUUCUAUUCCACAUCCAGGUACUCCACAGAUAAUGCCUUUAUUUUUAUACCUCAGUAUUUUAUUCUAUUGUAUUUUAUUGUACCCAAAUACCGGACUGCUGUGACAACCUAAUUUCCCUUUGGGGAUGGAUAAAGUAAUAUACCUACCUACCUACCUACCUACCUACCUACCUACCUACCUACCUACCUACCUACCACAACUACUGUCACCGUUGGACCGUUAAUAAAUCUGAACUGCAGUACUCAUCUUCCCCUAGAAUGAGAAACUGUGAAAUAUCAUCACACCUAGGUUGUGUUCUGCAACAAAACCGUGUUUUGAUUAUCUUUGUAGGCUUUAUAAUGAAAAGUUAGCUUUAUUUUAGUUUCUAACAUGGAACCAUACUGCCAUCCAGGGGCUAGUUAAGGAAAUACCUUUGGAAUGUAAUUCUAUUGAGUAAUACUGGCAUACCGUUUUAAUAUGUUUAAAUUCUACAAAGCAAAACUGGUUCUAUCGUAAGCAACCUUACUACCGAUUUUAACCUACCAUUCCUUCUUUUUUGUAUUGUUAGUUAGUAUAGCAUACCAUUAGUUAACACAGUGUUUUUCAACCACUGUUGCGGCACACUAGUGUGUCCUGAGAGAUUGUCAGGUGUGCUGUGGGAAAUUAUCCAAUUGUGUUACAUCAUUACUUAUAGUAUUCAUCAUAUUAUUUAUUAUUCAUUAUUCACCAUUCAUGUAAAUAAAUCAUAUAUUUC